CACAGUCCCGCAGGCGCUGCGUGAGGUUCCGCGUCCUGCGUCGCUGCCAGGAGGGGGCGGGGGGGGGGCGCGGUGAGACAGGAGGCUCCGCGUCCCGCCCACCGCCUUGAGAUGUAUAGCUGCCUGGAUCUGUCGGGUCAUGUUGUGCUGUGUAGGGGAUCCGCUGUUGGCCAUGGAUCUCUGGUUGUAAUUUAGAGGGAGAGACAAAGGCAACCCCUCACUCCCUCUGGAGAGCCCUUGGCUUCUUUGUUCCCCCAGUUGAGCUGGGUCAGCUAUAUCCAGGGAUAACUAUGGAGUUUGGGAAGACAAGGGGGAGGGUAACGCCUCAAGAGCUGAAUCCAAGCUCAGGACCUAAACCUAAAAGGGUGCCGAAAAUGGUUGGGAGAAGGAAAAAAGAAAAGGUGAAGAGGAAAAAAAACAAGGCAAAUAUAGAGGAGCUGAAGAAGGAAGUGGUCAUGGAUGACCAUAAAUUAACCUUGGAAGAGCUGAGCAGAAGGUAUUCUGUGGACCUGACAAAGGGCCUUCGCCCAGAAAAGGCCCAGGAAAUACUGGAUCGAGAUGGACCCAAUACACUUACCCCACCCCCCACCACUCCUGAGUGGGUCAAAUUCUGUAAACAACUGUUUGGUGGCUUCUCCAUCCUACUGUGGACGGGUGCCAUUCUCUGCUUCGUGGCCUAUGGCAUCCAGACGUAUUUCAAUGAGGAGCCUACCAAAGAUAAUCUGUACCUGGGCAUUGUACUAGCUGUCGUGGUCUUCAUCACAGGCUGCUUCUCCUAUUAUCAGGAGGCCAAGAGCUCCAAGAUCAUGGAGUCUUUUAAGAGCAUGGUGCCUCAGCAAGCUCUGGUAAUUCGAGGUGGAGAAAAGAUGCAGAUCAACGUACAAAAUGUGGUAGUGGGAGACCUGGUAGAAGUGAAGGGUGGGGACCGAAUCCCUGCCGACAUCCGCCUUAUCUCUGCACAAGGAUGUAAGGUGGACAAUUCAUCAUUGACUGGAGAAUCAGAGCCCCAGUCCCGCUUUCCUCAUUUCACCCAUGAGAACCUUCUAGAGACCCGAAACAUCUGCUUCUUCUCCACCAACUGUGUGGAAGGAACAGCCCGGGGCAUUGUGAUUGCUACAGGAGACUCCACAGUGAUGGGCCGCAUUGCCUCGCUGACAUCAGGACUAGCAGUUGGCCAGACCCCCAUUGCUACUGAGAUCAAACACUUCAUCCAUAUAAUCACAAUGGUGGCCGUCUUCCUUGGUGUCUCUUUCUUUGGGCUCUCGCUCAUGUUGGGCUACAGCUGGCUGAAGGCUGUCAUUUUUCUUAUUGGCAUCAUUGUGGCCAAUGUGCCUGAGGGGCUGCUGGUUACUGUCACCGUGUGUCUGACUCUGACAGCCAAGCGCAUGGCGAAGAAGAACUGCCUGGUGAAGAACCUGGAGGCGGUGGAGACGCUGGGCUCCACCUCCAUCAUCUGCUCUGACAAGACGGGCACCCUCACCCAGAACCGCAUGACUGUCGCCCACUUAUGGUUCGAUAAGACCACAUAUGAGGCCGACACUAGUGAAGAACAGACUGUGAAUACAUUUGCCAAGGACUCUGAUACCUGGUUUAUCCUGGCCCGAAUCGCUGGCCUCUGCAACCGGGCUGACUUUAAGCCUGAUCAGGAGACCCUUCCCAUAGCUAAGCGGGCGACAACAGGGGAUGCUUCUGAGUCAGCCCUCCUCAAGUUCAUCGAGCAGUCUUACAGCUCUGUGAAGGAGAUGAGAGAGAAAAGCCCCAAGGUGGCAGAGAUUCCCUUUAAUUCUACCAACAAGUACCAGAUAUCCAUCCACCUGCGGGAGGACAGCUCCCAGACCCACGUGCUCUUGAUGAAGGGGGCUCCUGAGAGGAUUUUGGCGUUUUGCUCUAGUUAUCUUCUGAAUGGGCAGGAGUAUUCAAUGGACGAGGAAAUGAAAGAAGCCUUCCAAAAUGCUUACUUGGAACUAGGAGGUCUGGGGGAACGCGUGCUAGGGUUCUGCUUCUUGAAUCUGCCUAAUACCUUCUCCAAGGGAUUCAAGUUUAAUACAGAUGAAGUCAAUUUUCCCAUGGAAAACUUUUGUUUUGUGGGGCUCAUAUCCAUGAUUGACCCUCCCCGACCUGCCGUGCCUGAGGCUGUGUGCAAGUGUCGUAGUGCAGGGAUUAAGGUGAUUAUGGUAACAGGGGAUCAUCCCAUUACAGCCAAGGCCAUUGCCAAGGGUGUGGGCAUCAUUUCAGAAGGCACCGAGACUGCAGAGGACACUACUGCCCAGCUCAAGGUCCAUGUCAGGCAGAUCGAUAGCAGGGAUGUCAAAGCCAUUGUGGUGCACGGCUCAGACCUAAAGGAUAUGAGCUCAGCGCAGCUUGAUGAGAUUCUCCGAAACUACACUGAGAUUGUGUUUGCUAGAACCUCCCCUCAGCAGAAACUCAUAAUCGUAGAGGGAUGUCAGAGGCAGGGAAACGUUGUGGCGGCGACUGGUGAUGGCGUGAAUGACUCCCCAGCACUGAAGAAAGCUGACAUUGGCAUUGCCAUGGGCAUCACUGGUUCUGACGUAUCUAAGCAGGCAGCAGACAUGAUCCUGCUGGACGACAACUUUGCUUCCAUUGUCACAGGCGUGGAGGAGGGCCGCCUCAUCUUUGACAACCUGAAGAAAUCCAUCGCGUACACCCUGACCAGCAACAUCCCCGAGAUCACCCCCUUCCUGCUCUUCAUCAUCCUCGGUAUCCCCCUGCCUCUGGGCACCAUAACCAUCCUCUGCAUUGACCUGGGCACCGACAUGGUCCCUGCUAUCUCCUUAGCUUAUGAGUCAGCUGAAAGUGACAUCAUGAAGAGGGCUCCACGGGAUCCAAAGAAUGAUAAACUGGUGAACUAUCGUCUCAUCGGCAUGGCCUAUGGACAGAUUGGGAUGAUCCAGGCUCUGGCUGGAUUCUUCACCUAUUUUGUGAUCCUGGCUGAGAAUGGUUUUAAGCCUGCUGAUCUGCUGGGCAUCCGCCACGACUGGGAAAAUUCAUACGUCAAUGACCUGGAGGACAGCUAUGGACAGCAGUGGACAUUUGAGCAGCGGAAGAUUUUGGAGUUCACAUGCCAAACAGGCUUCUUUGUCAGCAUCGUGAUUGUGCAGUGGGCCGACCUCAUCAUCUGCAAGACCCGGCGCAACUCGGUCUUCCAGCAGGGCAUGAAAAACAAGAUCCUCAUAUUUGGGAUACUGGAGGAGACAUUCCUGGCUGCUUUUCUGUGCUACACUCCAGGCAUGGACAUGGCCCUGAGAAUGUACCCACUCAAGAUAUUCUGGUGGCUUUGUGCCAUUCCCUACAGCAUUCUUAUCUUUAUCUAUGAUGAAGUCAGAAAAUUUGCCAUCCGUAAUCAUCCUGGCGGCUGGCUGGAGAGAGAGACCUACUACUAAAAUCAGCGGAGGAAGAGCUCCACAUGACUUAGGGGUGUCCUGAGGGCCGGGUAGGGGGGAGGGUUUUUGAGUUUGGCACAACAUUUAGAGAGCGUAUGAGUUGGGGCAGAGAGAUGCUAGGAUGAAUUACCUCGGAUGAGAGGGAGACAGGUGAUCCUGACGCUGGAAUGAGGGCACCAUGGGGAGGAGACCGGGUGGGUUGAGGGGAAGCCCGGCCUGUGUCUGGCUAGAGCCCAGUGAGGAGGGGCGUUGUCCUGUUGAAUCUAGUAGCCAGUCUACAGAGUAAAUGUUGGCAACAGCUCUCA